UCAAAACAGAUUGUAUUAAAUUAAUCAUGUCGAAAGAUAUAAAGAACAAAGUUGUGCUAGUCACAGGUGGGGCUAUUGGAAUUGGAUACGCUAUAGCUGAUAGAUUUCUCCAAAAAGGUGCCAAAACUGUUAUUAUAAUUGACAUCAAUGAAAAACUUGGUAAAGAUGCUGUUACAUCGCUAAAUUCUAAAUAUGGAACCAACAAAGCAACAUUUUACAAAUGUGAUGUUACAAGUCCAGAGACAACUUGGUCUGAAAUAACUGAUACUUACAAAGAUGUAGAUGUUCUGGUGAAUAACGCAGGAAUAUUAAAUGACAAAGAAGUAAAAAAGACUAUUGAUAUCAAUGUCACAGCACUGAUCGAGAUAUCUUUAAUGUUUUGGGAAUACAAUCGGAUGGAUAAGUCUGGUAAAGGAGGUACAAUCAUAAAUCUAGCAUCCAUUUACGGAUUUAGAAUUGAUCAGUUUCUUCCCGUAUAUCAAGCUUCAAAAUAUGCUGUUAUGGGAUUUACAAAGUCUCUAGGGCAUAAAUACAAUUUCAAAAGGUCUGGAGUCAGAGUUAUGGCGAUAUGUCCAGGAUUUACUGAAUCUAAACUAACAGAAAAUUUCAUUGUCUGGGAUGAUAAGAUUCAGGACGCAUUUCUUGAGUUUACAAAAGAUAAGCUCUGGCAAAAAGUGGACUCUGUUGGUAAAGCUACCGUUGAAAUAUUCGAAAAGGCUGAAAGUGGUACAGCCUGGUUAAUUGAAGGAGGUGAACCUGUAAAGGAAGUUUGAAGAUUUUAUUUGUGUCAUACGACCUUAAUUUAAUUUUUUUUUGUCAUUUAAAUCAUUCUUUUUUAUCAAUAAAAGCAUAGAAGUUGCAUAGCGAAUGCAUA